AUGUCGAAGAAAAUUAAAUCUAUAAAGUGGGAAUCCGUGCCCGUAGAAGGGUUUCCUAUUUCAAUGACAGACAAACUUCAAGGUUUUGUCGGCCUCGAGGAAUGCACGGACUAUGGUCUCGAUAGGGAUGGGAAGAAACCAAAGAAAAAAAAGCAAUCACAGAAACAAAAAUUGGCAAAUAAAGCUAAAGUAUUACAAGAAAAAUCAGAAAUAACAAGCAAGAAUGUGAAACUUGACAAUGGUUUUGUAGUAGAAUUAUGUGAUACUGUAAAGCCUUCACUAACAAAUGAAAAAACUGUUGAUCAAAGUAUUGUCAGAAAAAGUGAUGAGAAGAAAAAGAGAAAGCAGACAACAGAGCAAGAAGCAAAACCUAAGAAAAGGAAACUUGGUGACAUUUCAGAAGUAAAUUCAACUUUAACACCUGAAGAUAUGUUGACUUGGGCUGAGUUUAAGUUGCCGCAAGAAAUAAUUAAUGCUUUGGCAGAGCUAGGAUUUAAAAAGCCAACAAAAAUACAGCAGUUGACACUACCAGCUGCUAUUCAUGGCCGUAGAGAUAUUCUUGGUGCUGCAGAAACUGGUAGUGGGAAAACCCUAGCCUUUGGUCUUCCAAUUUUAUCUGGAAUUAUGAAACUAAAGGAAAAGGCUGAAGCUGGAUUUGAUGUGUAUGAAAUUCCCUACAAAAAGACAUCUGUGAAAAGGAAACAUGUAGUUGAAGAUGUAAAACAAAAAGUAAGAAAAAAUCGUUCAAAUAAAAAGAGAAAAGUAGAAAAACACAAGGAAUCUUCUGAAGAUGGCUAUGGCAGUGGUGAUGACAGUGAAGAUGCAGAAGACAAUAAGGAAGACACUAGACAUGAGGAUGAAUUUCUAGAAGAAAUAGAAGUGCCUAUAAAGAAGAGGGAGACCUCAGUUGAUGAAGGGAAUGAUAGUGAUGAAAGUGACAAUUAUGUACAUCUGUCAGAAAUGUUAGAUUCUGAUGAUUUAGUUGAAACAAGUGAUGACGAAACAGAUAAAGGAUCAAAUGAAGACAUUGAUAAUGAAAUAGGCGAAGAAACAGAUGGAGUUGAUGAGGUGGAUGAAAAAGGUAUUGGCUGUGUGAAAGUGAUUGAGAACAUAGAGAUGCCAGGACCAGUGGAAGUGAGGACGGGGAAGCCUCUAUAUGCACUCAUACUUACACCUACGAGAGAACUGGCUAUACAAAUCAGCAGACAUCUUAUUGCAGCUGCAAAAUAUACAGGUAUCAAAAUAGCUACGAUAGUCGGCGGGAUGGCGGCCGUGAAGCAAGAGAGAGUGCUACGUUCGGGACCAGAAAUUGUUGUGGCCACUCCGGGACGCCUUUGGGAGCUAAUAAUUCAGGGACAACCGCAUCUACAACAGCUCAGCUCAGUUAAGUUCUUAGCUAUUGACGAGACGGACCGUAUGAUCGAGCGCGGCCAUUUUGAAGAGCUGCAACCGCUUUUAGAGCGGCUAAACAACGACGAAGCGCAGCGCAGCACUAGGCAGAACUUCGUGUUCUCCGCGACGCUCACUCUAGUGCACGAUUUGCCAGCGCAUAUGAAAGGGAAAAAGGUAACAAAACGGGGGAAGAUACUAAAUAGAAAAAUCGAGAAGAUGACGCCGCAGCAAAAAAUCAAAAGACUGGUCACAAUGCUCGGUAUGACUGACCCCAAGGUUGUGGAUAUAACUACGCAGAAUUUGGGUGCAGCGGAAACGUUGACGGAAUGCCGGAUUGCAUGCUCUUUAGAAAAUAAAGACGCAUAUUUGUAUUAUAUAUUGAAGAAACAUCCCGGGAGGACUAUAGUGUUUUGCAACUCUAUAGGCAGCGUUAGAAGGUUGGCACAACUGUUCACUUUGCUGAAGUGUCACCCUCUACCGCUGCACGCUAGCAUGCCGCAAAGGCAAAGGCUGAAGAAUCUAGAAAGGUUUAGAGACGACCCACACGGUGUACUGGUGGCGACAGAUGUCGCUGCCCGCGGUCUGGACAUCCCCGACGUGGACCACGUCAUACAUUAUCAAGUGCCUAAGACGGCGGAAAAUUAUGUCCAUCGAAGUGGCAGAACGGCUCGAGCGACUAAAGAAGGCCUCACAAUACUAAUGAUGGAGCCCUCCGAAGCGUAUUCGUAUGCGAAACUUUGUCGGACUUUGAACAAAACAACGGAACUGGCUUCGUUCCCGGUAAUGGAACAGAGUAUGCCGACCAUACGGGAACUGGUGUCAUUGGCGAGGGAAAUAGACGCCUUGCUGCUGAAGCGAAGGCGCGCCUCACAGGCCGAGGGUUGGAGGGAGAAGGCGGCUAGGGAAAUGGACAUUAUCAUCGACGAAGAUGACGUACCAAUAAAACAAGUAGACCGUUCCAUAGACAAGGCUUUGAGUUUCAAGAAAAGACAAUUGGAAGCUUUACUGACAAGGCCAAUCUUUCCCAAGGGAUUCUCGUUCAAGUUCCCAACCCUCAACGAAACGAAAACACAAGAGCCCAGCCAGAAUGCUUUACAGGUUAUGAAGAAGGCUUUAGAAACGGGUGAAUUGAAGAAGGAGAAAAGAAAGAGCAAGAACGAACCGCUGUUGAAACUAGAGAAGCAGUUUAAACAAUAA